GGCGGAUUCAAGAGGUGGGUGGUGUCUAAUCUCAUAUAGCCCAACUCCUGCCAGCGCCAGGACGAAACAGGCAGACGGACUCAGAAGUCUUUGGUCGACGAGAGACACACAGCCCACAACACAACCAUGCCAGGUAAGGAAUAUCCAACACAUCGCCGUCUGUUUGUUUAUCGCAUGGGGGAAAGGGCUUCUUUCUAAGGACCCUACGGCGAGACGCUGGUCUUCUUUCAACCUGGAAUGUAGCUAGGAAGUUUCUGAGGACAUGUCUCUACAGGUCUUGGUGGAGCAAGUGCCGUCGUCUGACUGGCGUGCCAACGAAAUGUCCCUGGGAAGCGAAAAGAUCUGGGAUGAAAGAGAUGUGGGGGUUGGGGGGUUGGGAUCAGAAUCGGGGAAAGGAAUAAAGAACCCAGAGGUGGUAUUAGGGUCUCACCAAACCACUGGGUCUUGACUUGGGUUGGGCUACGCUGAAAGUCUUGUGCGAUCUCCUUCGUUUACUGGAUUCCAGAAGCCCACCCAUGUGUGCUAAAGUUAUGCAGAGCUAGGAUCUAAAUCCUAACCAAUCUGCGUCUGAUGAUACCUUCGGACUAUAGGGAGAUGUCUUCUACUGAGUCAGACCAAAGGUCCAUCUAGGACCAAAACUGUCCACAGUUCCCAGCUUGGCGAAGGGAAUCUGUUCCUCCCAUCCCUUCCUGGAGAUGUCUGCGAUUAAAUUGAGGACAUUCUCCAUGAAAAUCAUCCCAUCUACCCCUGAGCUACAGCCUUUCCCCUGAACAAGUGCGCAAGUCCUGUUUGUGAGCACCUCUUGGCUGGAUCACGUCACGUCCAGCAUUCUUAGCAAGAAUCCAUCCACUAUGUGGUCAGCCGAUGGCCCAUGAGUGAUGUGCUCUGGUACAAGGCAGCUUCCUAACUUUUUAAGCUUUGGUAUAAGAGAGACUGAGCAGCUUCUGAAUACCAGUUACUGGGAUCCACAGGUGGGGCUUGUGUUCGAAUCCUGGUUGUGGGUUACCUGCAGGCCUCUGGUCGGCCACUGUUUGAACAGGAUGCUGGACUAGAUGGGCUCUUGGCCUGAUCCAGCAACCGGCUCUUAAGGACAGGCGUUCUGCGCAGAGAACUUGCACUUCUCCACAUUUUGCGGUGCAGCGAUGUGUCUGAAAAACACACCCGUCAGGGUGAAGCAAGUGUAUAAAUGCGCAUAGCACAUCUGCGAAGCUGGCUUGACAAAGAUGGCUUGACGAAAAAAAUGUGUGUAUCGGGAGAAAUCUUUAGGAAAUGGCUGGUGAGUUUUCAAGAGGAUUUUAAAAGAAAGCUUCAACCACAUGUGGAAAUAUGGAGAACUUUAAUACUGGGGAAAUGAGAAAUUGAGAAACAGUGAAGCCGACAUGUUUGCUUAUCCAUGGCUAACCACUUUUUGAAAACAUGGAUUUCCAUAGGGUCUAAGUGCAACUCGUUUGGUCUGAACCCAACCCAUUGCUCUUGACCACCUGUCUGAGAUGAUGAUGAUGAUGAUUGAAAGGGCACGUUGGUUUAGGUGCCCCCUUCCCAAGGAUGAAAGGCAGCUGCCUGUCUAUAUCAGAUUAGGUUUAAUGGUCCUAGUAAAGGUAAAGGGACCCCUGACCAUUGUGUCCAGUCGUGGCUGACUCUGGGGUUGCAGUGCUCAUCUCGCUUUAGUGGCCGAGGGAGCCGGCGUACAGUUUCCGGGUCAUGUGGCCAGCAUGACUAAGCCGCUUCUGGCGAACCAGAGCAGUGCACGGAAAUGCCAUUUGCCUUCCCACCAGAGCGGUACCUAUUUAUCUACUUGCACUGGUGUGCUUUCGAACUGCUAGGUUGGCAGGAGCAGGGACUGAGCAACGGGAGCUCACCUCAUCACAGGGAUUCAAACCACCAACCUUCUGAUCGGCAAGUCCUAGGCUCUGUGGUUUAACCCACAGCGCCACCCGCGUCCCUUAAUGGUCCUAGGACAGCCUAAAAAAGGAAUGACUUUUAAGCCAUUUGGAUGACUUUUAAGACAUCUGAAGGCAGCCCUGUGUGGAGAAGUCUUUCAAUGUGUUCUGUUUUAUUAUGUUUUUAUGUAUGUUGGAAGCCACCCAAUGUGUAAUUAUUAUUACACAUUGACCUAAGUCCCACAGAACAGAGCUGGAUUUUUUCCCAAGUAAGCAUGCCCAGAAUCGUUGCAGAAUAAUUGAAUUGGUCCAUCUAGCUGAGGGCUUUCCCCACCAUGGUGGCCUUCAGACAUUUUGGACCACAACUCCCAUUAGCCUCAGACAACAGUCAGGACAGAUGAUAGCGGAAGUUCAACACCACCUGGAGGAUGCAGUCCGACCUUAAGAUGCCAGAUUUUGAACUCGGGACCUUCGACAUGCAAGGCAGAUGUCCGACUACUGGGUACAACUCUCUUGCCCACAGAAGGUGCCAGGAUCAAUACCCCAUGGCUUUUUCAGGUGGGGCUGGGAAUGUCUCCUCCCCGAAGCCUUGGUGGGCAAUUGCCAGACAAUACUGAACAAGAUAGAUCAAUGGUCUGCCUCUGUAUGAACAUAGCUUCCUAUGUUCAAAGGAGCACACACUUUUCAGAAAGAGCCUCAGAUCGUGACGAACUGUCGAAACAGCCAACGGGAGGGAAGGAAGGGUAAAAAACUACGACAAGUUUCAGCUUGGUUGACCAAAUACGAACAAUCACAGUCCAGCAAUAAUACUUAGAGACUUCUCUGUGGAGGGUGUGUCUGAAGGACACAGCCUCUCCUCUAAGAAAGUUUGCCCACCCCUCUGUACUGAAUGAAUCUGUUUCAAUGUGGGUCUGCCAAUAGCUCUGUGGGACAUUUCAUGUAAGUUCUGAAAGCUGACGUCUUUACGGCCAGGAAGGAAGCUUCUAUGCAGAUGUCCACAUCUGGAUAUGCAUCCAACCAUCCUAAAAUAAAUAGCCAACACCAUCUAGAGAUCCCCAUGUUUCAGGAAGCAGUGUCAGAAGUAUAGCUUCCAUAAGCGAGUUUGUUUCUCAGCUCUUGACCAUCUCCAAAUUGGGAUUUUCAAAAAGACAGGGCAAAGGCGUGGGAAAGGUCCACUGGGAAAACAAGGAGCUUCCAUAACUCAGUGGAAGAGGAUGUUCUUUGGAACUGGAAUGAUGAGGAGUAGACAUGGGUGGUGGUGGUGGUUUCCAAUUCAGUUCAAGUUUAAAGGCAAGCUGAUCAGGUUUGCGGCUGCUGAAAUGAUCUGAGAAUUGAAAUGGAGCCAUCUUUCGCAAUUGAACUUUCUCUGAAUUUUGCAACGCAGUUCUCCAAAGAACCAAGGUUGACAAAAAGAAAUCUUCUAUUAGGGCAAAUUGUGCAUGAAAGUUGACGUCUUGAUGAAAAUAACUUAGAAGAAUGCAUUCUGUUAGGGGAAAGGCUUACAAAAAUAUGUAGCAUUGUCAAAACUGUAUAUGGGGGAAAAAUGUAAUUAUUAGGUGAAAUCCACUCUGAAAUGCUGGUGGGAUUUCACGAGGGCUUUUUAAAAACUGAAAAUUGCUGCAGAAAUGUGGAGGCUCAAAUUUCAAAUUGGAAAAAUGAGGAUUCCAAAAAUGAGUAACUUAAACUGAUAAAUCCUUCCGUUCCUAGUUGGGCAAAAGUAUCAAUUUCAGUUCUUGCUUUCUCCCAUUUCCAAUAGCUACUGCCCUUCCUCUCAUUAAUUCAUUGAUUUUUUCCACGAUCAUUUAUUACCCCAGAAAGUUGCCUUGAGCCCCAGUCAGGAAGAUGUGGUGUACACAUAUUUAAAAUAAAUGAAUUCUCAUUUUAAAAAAAGAAUGAGUCAGGGACGGAUAAGUGCGUAGGCAGCCACCAAAUUUGCGAUGGGUCUUCAGCCACAGAAUAAAAAGCCAGGAUGACACAACUUUGGGGGGUCUAUUAUUAUUUAUUUUUUAAAAUGAUUGCUUUUAUCAUCAGGCAGUACACCCCCAAAAGUAAGGUUAAGGGUUCGGGUUGGAACACAGCCCAUUUGCUCCUAGCUGGGAUGAAUUGGAAGCAGUAAUUAAAACGUUCCGAGGCCCGCAGGAAUCCAGCCUGUUAUACUGCCUCAGCAACCUGGUUAAAAUUGCUGAUGAGCUCUAAAUAAUAAACUGGAAUUUGGAAGAGGGCUUCCCUGGCAUGCUGUGACUUAGACCGGGCAGCAACGUGCCAGGAAAUACAGAUUCAUAGGAAAGAGGAAGGCACCUUUAAGCAUGUGCAGAGUGCUGAACCCUCUUCCUUUGAGGAGAGAGGACUCCCACCCAUCACAGGUAGCGAUGGCAGGAAGCUUCCAGGUUAGGAAGAACUCUUGCCAUGUUCAGAAGAGAACCUCCAUGUUCUAAGGCAGUCUACCGCUGAACGCUAAACACUGGAAACAACCAAGGCUCCGAAUCAUGUGUCCUUUGGAAUUGCAAGCAGGGAGCAUUGCUGUCAUGCGCCCUGCAUUGGCUUCCCAUCUGGUUGGCUGCUUCGAGGACGGGGUGCUGUUCUAGAUGGGCCUUUGGCCUGAUCCUGCUGCCAGGCUCUCCUGGUGUUCUUGAAAAUCAAAUCAACCUUGCGAGAGCUUGCCAGACCAGGUGCGAAGGAACGGAGAAACCCAUCGAGGGUGUGACAUGGGCAAGCCCUUUCUUGCUCAGUCUGCUAGGUACAAAAUGCCUUUGAAACCUCACACACCUGGGCUUCACCUCCUCACCCGGCUUAUCUGUGGGAGAAAACAUUUCCUGCGUCUCUCUGAUCCAUUUGAAAUGUCGGUGUCCCAAAUUCUGCCCUAAGCAGGUGCUUUUGUGCCAGCAGCCGGUUCCCAGAGACAUCCAGGCGGUUCCAUGUUGGCUAACCCCCCUGUUGCUAGAAUUAAAGGAGACAACUUGUUUCUGUUUCCUCUCGCGCAUGUGCGGCUAAUUUGCAGGAUGCCGUCAUCUGCAUCGAAACAUUCCUCCGCCGAGUCAGGAUGGGCCGGAGAGACCAGAUCCCUGGCAGUUGGGCAAGAGUUUUAGGAACCUGUCCUGGUUCCCUAUCGUGGUGGGUGGGGACGGCCUCCCACGCUUUCCUGCCUUAUCACCCCAGAGCAAUGCAGCUGGCAGUGACGUGUCACAUAUAUGCACUUGCAAGUGGGGUGGCAUCUAAGGGCAGGAGGAAUUCCAAGGAUGGGGCAGAAAGGGCUGCAAGGCACCUGUUGUUGUUGUUGUUUAGUCGCUUAGUCGUGUCCGACUCUUCGUGACCCCCUGGACCAGAGCACGCCAGGCACUCCUAUCUUCCACUACCUCCAGCAGUUUAGUCAAACUCAUGCUGGUAGCUUCGAGAACACUAUCCAACCAUCUCAUCCUCUGUCGUCCCCUUCUCCUUGUGCCCUCAAUCUUUCCCAACAUCAGGGUCUUUUCCAGGGAGUCUUCUCUUCUCAUGAUGUGGCCAAAGUAUUGGAGCCUCAGCUUCAGGAUCUGUCCUUCCAGUGAGCACUCAGGGCUGAUUUCCUUAAGAAUGGAUAGGUUUGAUCUUCUUGCAGUCCAUGGGACUCUCAAGAGUCUCCUCCAGCACCAUAAUUCAAAAGCAUCAAUUCUUCGGCGAUCAGCCUUCUAUAUGGUCCAGCUUUCAGCCUUUUUAUGGUCCAGGACACCUGGAUGGGGUCAAUUUGACGGCGAAAAAUCUCCAUGAGAAGCUUGGCCAAUAGGGUGGAAUAUCCGCCCCAAAGCAGAACAUCCCUGCCAGGGAGACGAGUGGGAAAUGAUCGCAUUCAGAAUUUCUGCCAUGUUUUGCAAUGGUUAUUUUAUGAAUGGAUCCCAGGUUAUUUUAUGAAUGAAUCGCCGUGGUCAUUAUGUGAAUGAAUCCCUGUGGCUCAUUUAUGAAUGAAUCCCUACAAUGUUCUAGGAUACUUUUUUGUAAUGGUAACAAAAAUGCUGGAGAGACCUGCUAAGAGUUCUUCGCUCACCCCUUCUUCAGGUUAUUCUGCUGAUGGGACAUUUGGGACGGAGUGAUAUUGAAAUCUUCCGCAAAUGUCUAAGCAUUGUUUUGGAUUGGAACUGUAGGCCGGAAGAGUUUAAUUUGAGGAGGGCGGAGGACCAAAUUGCUAAACAGGUGGUGACCCAGAAAUGUCAUCCCGCCUUUAAUUUAAUCAGCAUUUUGUUACUUUUAAAAUAAUAAUAAUAAGAUAAGAAUCAUAUCCCAAGAAACAUCUGAUCAAGACUGUUCCUGCCACCAGGCCAGGAACUUUUUCAAAGCCUGAGGGCCACCUUCACUUCUGGGCAACUUUUGAGGGGCCACAUGUUAGUGUUGGGUGGAGCCACAGGCAAAGUGGGUGGAGCAAUGGGUGCAAAUUUUACCUCUGUAAAAUAGACUAGAAUCUACUCAAUUUUCUAUCUGGGCAAGCAAGAAGCAAUUGCUGUUUUUAUGAUGUUUAUAUUAAUGCUUUUAAAAUGUAAUUCACUUGAAGACCUCUGGGUAACAAUAACUAUCACGUCUAAUUAAUACUAAUACUUUUAGUACUAUACUAUAUUAAUACUAUGCCUGGAUUGCUCUGGUCCAUGGGGUCGCGAAGAGUCGGACACGGCUAAAUGACUAAAUAACAUACUAUACUAUACUAUACUAUACUAUACUAUACUAUACUAUACUAUACUGGUACCUUGGAAGCUGAAUGCCUUAGCUCCCAAACAAAUCAGCUCCCGAAUGAUCAAAAUCUGGAAGUGAGUGUUCCAGUUUUCAAACGAUUUUCGGAAGCCUAACGUCUGGCGUGGCUUCCGUGGCUUCUGAUUGGCUGCAGGACACUCCUGCAGCCAAUCGGAAGCCAUGCUUUGGUUUUAGAACAGUUCCGGGAGUCGAACAGACUCCCAGAACGCAUUCUGUUCGAGAACCAAAUACGACUGUACAAUACAAUACAAUACAAUACAGCUGCUGUUGUAUUACUGCUAUUACUGCUAAUAGGAAUAUACCGUAUUUUUCACUCUAUAAGACGCACCAAACCAUAGGACGCACCUAGUUUUUGGAGGAGGAAAACAAGAAAAAAAAUAUUCUGAAUCCCAGAAGCCAGAACAGCAAGAGGGAUCUGGCUUCUGGGAUAGCCGCGCAGCCUGCACUCGCUCCAUAACACACACACACAUUUCCCCUUACUUUUUAGGAGGGAAAAAGUGCGUCUUAUAGAGCGAAAAAUACGGUAAGUAUCAGAGUUCAAGGACUGAUUCCAGCCAGGAAAAGACACUCAGGGUGUGAGACAAUGAGGGACGUGGCUUGGAUCGAAGGCAUGUGGCCUAGGGAGCAUUCCAAGGAGGCCACAUAGAGACAACUGGAGGGCCACUUUAGGUUCCUGGAGCAGAGGUUCAUUCCUCUAGAUCUUUUGCCUCUGCUAGAGAUCAGAGCUGGUUGAGAUCCCUGCAGCCUGUCAUGAGAGCCCCUAAGUUGCUCUGAUUCUCACCCGCUCCAAACUCCACUUAGGGGCAACAGAGAAUUUGUUUCCCAUUCCUGGUGCUUGAAGGAAAAUUCAAGAUGCCUGUCCCUUCGGGCAGAAUUUGCCCUGAUUUCCACAAUGAACAGGAUGCCACUUACGGAGGAGAUCUGAGUAAACAACUGUAUCAUUAUGAUUAAAAAUAAAUAAAUCAUCCAGACAUCCAGAUCAGGAAAGGUAAAACAACUAGGCCAACUCCCACCUUCUUAUUCUGUAUUUUGUGGGAGGUUUUUUUCCUUCUUCUUCCUGGAUGUUGGGACAUCCUGUGACGUCAGCCCAUCCUGAAAAGUGGGGAAACACUUAAUGAGGCUUUUAUUGCUUAACGACUUUGAGCACUUCAGGCUCCUCCCUUUUUCCUGGGAAAAGCAGCUCUGGACUUUGAAUCUUUUCCAAAGGGCGUGCAAUAAAUCUAGUCAAUUUGAUAACUGUGAAUAGCCAUGCUGUAUGGAUUAUUGAGCCUAGAAGAAAGCAUAAUUCCUAGCAACUCCACAAAUGUGGCCCUCUGUGUCUCUCUGACUGGCACUCAGAACUCUCUCUCCAGCACUGGCCUAUGUCCAUGCUUCAGUUUUUGAAGUGGGAUAAUGUAGGGCUACCAUACAUCUGGAAUUAUCCCAGACAUAUCCAGGAUUAGUCCUUCGAAAAUAGCGCAGAAUUUCAGGAAAUUGGGGGGAAAUGUCCGGUAAAUCCCAGGUGUAUGGCCGCUCAUGUCGGAAGUGUUCAUUUUUUGGCGAAUUUACUGGGAAAUGGCUCAAAAUCUUCUCUCUCUUUUUUGGAGAUUUUGAAUAAAAAAGUUCAACAACUCUGCCAAAAAAACAAGAUGUGCAUUCAGAAACCUCUCGCAGUUUCUAAAGGAAACUGACAAUUCUCUUGCCCUGCCCACUGUUGGCCCAGCCCCGGUCUGAUGCUGGCAUCACGUGUGGCCCCUGAAAGGUUACUUUGAAGGCAAUGUGGCCCUCAUAUUGAAAUGUGGUCCCUACAUCUAGGGAAGUUGCACUGAGUGCAGGAUGAUGCAGCGCAAUCGCUGGCAAAAGCGAGUCCUUGUUGUUGGAUCACACUUUUGCUCAGGGAUCGGAACUUUGGAACUCCCUGCCGAUUGACACCAGGCAAGUUCUUUCACUGCAUUCUUUUCGGCGCCUGCUAAAAUCAUUCUUGUUCAGCAAGCCUAUUACUAUUACUAUUAGAAAUAUAUUUAUCUACACUCCACCUGACAAGGACUCAGGGCAGAUAAAAAUAAGUCUACUCCAAUGUUUGGAUAGUUGAUGAGAGUUUUAAUAUAUAUUUUUAGCCUGUUGGCAUUUUAACUUUCUGAAAGUCUUAAAUUGUGGCUGCCGAUUCUUCCUAUCUUUUUUAUAACUAACACACACACAGGGGGCGGGGGGAGAGAGAUCUGUACCCAUUACAAAGUAUCUUUUUAUAAUAUACAGAAAUAAAACAGAUACUUAAUCUAAAAAAAGAACAGAGGCAGGAAGAAUGAAAGAAAGAAAGAAAAAGAGAAAGAAAGAAAGAAAGAAAGAAAGAAAGGAAGGAAGGAAGGAAGGACGGUAGGAAGGAAGGAAGGAAGGAGAGAGAUAAGGUUAAAAACAGAUAAAAAUACUUUCAGUUCUCUGUCCUGCAGUUAAAGAAAGUACAGUAUUCAGUCAUUAGCAUCCAAACAUUCUAUAUUUUAUGAACCAAUCUGGCUGCCAAUUCUUCUUAGCGAUAAUAGCAUUGUUUUAUCUUCUUUGCAAACCACUGAGGGUUUCCAUUUUAACAAUCAAUUGGUGUAUAAAUUUUACCAAAUAAAAUAAAAUAAAUAAACAGGCUCCCUUGGUGGGAGCCCUGGGCUUAAAGCACCUGUCUUCCCCCAAAGAUUCCUGGAGCUUCACCUGUCGCAGAGCUACAAAUCCCUGGGCAUCCUGGGGGAAUCCGCAUGGGAUCUGCAGCUCCCAGGAUUCCUUGGGUGAAAGGGCAGUGGAGAGCCAUUUGCAUCAAAUGUGCUUUAGAUGUACGGUGCAAUUGCUUCAGUUUUCCCAGCCUUUCCCAGGCAGCUUCCACACCCAAGGAUGGGAUAGAAUGAGCGAUAGGAAGGUGAGAUUUCAGGACACGGCAGAUUCCAACACGGCGGGUGCCGUUUUAUCAACCCUGUGCUGCUGAUGUGCCUUGCAAGGAUAGCCCAUAAUUGCGGCUUUUGCCUGGCCCCACUUCUCCUUCUCGCCCUCCUACGCCCGCUCUGAUUGGCUGGGAGGGAGCGGCAUUCCAUUCCAACGAAGGCCUGGCGACUGGUUCGGCAGAUUUCGCUCCCGGCACCCGCCUCACUGGGGCUAGGCAGAGUGCCUGCCAAAAUAUAAUUAUCGUUAAUCACCUGUGCUGGAGUGUGGGUGUUGCGACCUGGAGGGUCGGAAGGAAGGAAGGAAGGAAAGACAGGCAGAUUGCAGGGCAGAAGGAUGGAUCCUGCAAACCGGUUGGCUUGCAUUCCUAGGAGCAGCCACUGGAGGUCGCUGUGCAGGAAAGACGGGAGACCGUUGGGAAGGCAAGGCUCUGUGCAAACUCAGUGGUUGAACAUUUCCUUUGCAUGCCAGGGGGUGACCUGGGGAGACUUAUGGAGGCCAGGUUAAGAGACUUAGAGGGCCGCAUUCGACAACCUGGCCUGAAAUUCCCUGACCCUGAUCUAGAUACCUAUUUGAGGAGACAGUGUCAGAUUUGGGCCAUCAUUUCGGGAACUUUCAAUGGCCAUAAAGAAACAAAGGAGGGUAUGAAACUAAUACAGGGAAUAUUGCCGCACAUCAAAGUGCUGCAGGUUCCACGCUCUCACUCAGAUUCUGUGUUUCCUUUUGGGAAUCGGGCACAGCAAAGACUGUGGUGUCUUUAUGAUAUAUGGGUUAUUCACACAUAUGUACAACCUGAACCUACGAUGGAGGGGUUUACAGAAUUAAUACCCCCAAAAAGGUCCUUCUGUGUCGCCUAACUCCUCAUUCUCUCCUCUAAGCUCUGUUGUGGGAGAGGGACCCCACCCAUUUGCUGUCUCAUACCAACUCCCCUUGAUCCCUUUGUUCUCCUAAUGACCCGUCACCCAGGGGAUUAACAAACGAGGAAGGUAACCUGAUUUAAUACAAUGUUAACACGUGCUGAUUCCAGGGAUUAGAAGUGCCUAGCACACAGUUUAGCACCUUAAGUCCUAAGACUUAAUUAGAUUCUAACACUAGCUAGAGCCAAGGAUUAUAGUCUGGCACUCACAAACUCAUAACAAUAUGUUGGUUGCUCAAGGAUCUUCCAGCCAGGAAGUGACUUCCACCACUGGAGACAUCCAUCUCCCUGCAGAAUGAUGCAACGUCAGGUCACCCUGAGAUAACCCUGGUCACUAUGAGUCGUCAUUCCUUCCCCGUCCUCUUUCCAGCUCCAGCUAAAAACAUUUUUGUUUCAACAGGCCUACCCAAACAUGUUGGAUGAUGAUUCAUGUCAACAUGUUUUUAAUUUAUUCUUGGUUACUUAAUGUUCCAAAUAGUUGUUCUUACUGUUUUUACUCAUAAUGUUAUCAUUUUAUUCUCUUUGUGAACUGCACUGCGGGUUGGUUUUCUUUACGAUCAAGUAGUCUGAAAUGAAUAAGAUAAAUAAUCAUCCCCUGCAAUGUUAGUACAGUUGUCAGUGGUGUUAACAAUGCCAAGGUGGCAGUUUCGAGACAGCUGCAUAUUCCAAUCCUGGUCCAACUGCACUGGCUAUCGAUUAGUUUCCGGGCCCAAUUCCAAUUGCUGGUUUUGACCUAUAAAGCCUUAAACGGCUCAGGACUGCAAUACCUCAAGGACCACCUCUUUCAGUAUGAACCUACCCAGACCCUGAGAUCAUCUUUUGAGGCCCUUCUUCAUGUGUCUCCUCCUCAAGAGGUCAGGAGGGUGGCAACACGAGAACGGGGCCUUCUCUGCAGUGGCUCCCCGUCUGUGGAAUGCUCUCCCCAGGGAAGUUCGUCUGGUGUCUUCAUUAUACACCUUUAGGUGCCAGGCAAAAACAUUCCUUUUUAACCAGUCCUUUGCUUAACCAAUCAACAUCCUGGUUCCUUAUCCCUCCUGCCUUUACAGCAGUAGCUACUUAUAUUCAUGCAAGAAAGUCAGGAAUGCAUUUUUGCUUCAGUUAUGUACACAUAAUUAUGUACUAUAUUUUGUCACAAACAACUACAUUUUAUUACAAAGGGGAAGAGAUCUAUUUUAGUGAUACUUAAGACAACAACCUGUGGUAUACCUAAAGAUUGGUGAGAAUAAAAGCAGUUUUUUAAUACUUACUGUUUCACUAAAGGACUUUCGACUUUGUGCGCUCAUUUACCAAAGACGCGCCAUGCCAGCGGCGGCGCUUGUCAUUCACAAUGGCGGCGCUUGUCAGACUCAACGAUGGCACUUGUCAUUCUCAAUGGCACCGUGCACGCGAAAUUACCGUAUUUUUUCGCUCUAUAGGACGCACUUUUCCCCCUACUAAAAUUAAGGGGAAAUGUGUGUGCAUCCUAUGGAGCGAAUGCAGGCUCCUUGGCUUCAGCGAUAGCAACGCGAAGCCUCCAAAGCGCAGAGGGAGCGCUCCCUCCGCGCUCCGGAGGCUUCGCGUUGCUUUUGCUGAAGCCUGGAGAGUGAGAGGGGUCUCCCGGCUUCAGCAAAAGGAACCCGAAGCCUCCGGAGCGCAGCGGGAACUCACGCUGCGCUCCAAAGGCUUCGGGUUCCUUUUGCUGAAGCCAGGAGAGCAAGACUCUCCCGGCUUCAGCAGAGAGGGAGAGCUGUGUGGCACCCCUUCAGCCAAGCGGGCGGAGAAAUGGAAGGGGCUCCGUUUCUCCUGCCGCUUCGCUGAAGGGGCACUGAGCAGAGAGGGGGAGAAUUUUUUUUCUUGUUUUCCCGCUGUAAAACAAGGUGCGUCCUAUGGUCGGGUGCGUCCUAUAGAGCGAAAAAUACGGUAACUAAGUUUGGGGGCCCUGGGCGGAUCUUUGCACCCUGGCGGCACAGCCCUGUGUGAAACGCUUUUAAAAAUGGCUCAUGCGCUAAAUAUUAUGCAUUGUAUAAAGUAUGGGGUAUCUUUGGGUUCCCAGAUAUUGCUGGAACAGAUCUCCUAUUUCCCCUGGCAUUCUGAGCUACAUCUGGAGGCCCCAAGCUUCCCCACACCUGGGGAAUAUGUCCUGUCCAUGAAUUGGGGAGGGAUGCUUAUCGAUGACGCACUUCCGUUUUCCCUCUAGGAUGCAAGGGAGGAGGAACCAAAGGAGGAGACAUCAUGGGCGGCGACCCCUCUGAGCUGGAGUGGGCCAUCCAGACACUGUCGAAGAACUACGAUAAGUACGCCGGCAAAGGGUGCUGUUGCAGCAAGAAGCGGGGGAUCAGCCAGGGUGGCUUCCGGAAGAUGCUCAAGCAUGAACUCAACCACAUGUUGACGGUGAGAUGAAGGAUGGAGGGAGAUUCAGAGGGCGCUGCUACCUAUUGCCAGAUCAAACCGUCAGUCCAUCUAGCCAGUGCUGGAUUUACGUACGAGCUAAACAAGCUAUAGCUUAGGGCCCCACUCUCUUGCCCCCCCAAUUCACUAUUAAUAUAAAGGUAAAGGUAAAGAGGCCCCUGACCAUUAGGUCCAGUCAUGACUGACUCGGGUUGUGGCGCUCAUCUCGCUUUAUUGGCCGAGGGAGCCGGCGUACAGCUUCCGGGUCAUGUGGCCAGAGCAGCUCACGGAAACGCCGUUUACCUUCCCACCAGAGCAGUACGUAUUUAUCUACUUGCACUUUGAUGUGCUUUCAAACUGCUAGGUUGGCAGGAGCAGGGACCGAGCAACGGGAGCUCACCCCGUCACGGGGAUUUGAACUGCUGACCUUCUGAUCGGCAAGUCCUAGGCUCUGUGGUUUAACCCACAGCGCCACCUGUGUCCCUACUAUUAAUAUACUUCUUCUUAAUUGUAUUUCAGUUCAACAAUUGCUUUGAUAAAAUAUGUAUUUUGUUAUGUGCAAAUGGCUUUAGAUACCUAUUAGGUCCACAAAUUACCAUAUAGCAUAUAUUCAACACACAAAAACAGUGACAAUUUAUUGUUGACAAAGGACAGCUGGACGUAUAAAGUGUCAGGAGGUCAGCCUACACUCGAGUAGGACACAUGCCCAACUGGCUUGUUCUCUCCCUCCUGGUCUUUUGUUCGGGAGCUUCAAAAGCUUUCUUCAGCCUGAACAUCACAGCGACCGAUGCCAACCGACACACUUAGGGAUCCGCAGAGUCUUCGUAGCUUGUGUAACAGACCUCAGCAACUCAGCAUUUUGGCUAAUCUACUUUAUUACAUAUAAACACACACGGAGCACUACAACAUGGCUCCUUUUCUCUCCACCAUCAGACAGCAAAGAGAAAGAACAAAGGACAAUAGUCCCACUUCACUGCACACAGUAACACAAACAUCCUGUCUCCGUCACUUCCCACUCUGUGGAAUGAAAACAUACACAGUCAUGUGAUAGACAACAAUCCCAUGACUGCAGAUACAGGGAAUGAAUCUUCAACAUUACCUUCAGUAGCUUAGGGCCUCAUCAAACCUAAAUCCGGCCCUGCGUCUAGCCCAGGUUUUCCGACACGGGUUGGCAAUGACUCUCUCUCAGCACCAGCAGUGUGCGGUGAAAUUUUGUGUAGGGGGACAGAUAGGGCUAGAGGCGCCAGCUUGUGAGGGGGUGACAUUAUGAUGUCCCAACCUCGCACAUGUGAGCAUCAUGCUUCCUUCCUGAAGCUGGGCAGAAGAUUCUUGGGCUUUGGGAAGGAGGCACCAGGGGAAUAUCAAAGGGACUAGCCUAGUCCCCUUAGUCCAUUGACCGCAUGCCGCUGGUCAGCAUAGUAACAAUUUGAUCUGCAAGUUGAUUGGAAAGUGAGUGCAAUAUUUAGUCCAAGUGGCACUUAGAGGCUGGAAUGUGGGGGGCGACAGAAAGCCAGGCAGCCUCCACUCUAGAUGGGAAACCAACGAGAAGCAAGAAUCGGGCAUUUUCCCCAGUGGCAAGCAGGUCAGCACUGAGAUGGGGAGAAAUGAUAGGAAUAGCCUUUCAUGUUGCCGCAGCAAGCCAGGCAGGACUUGAAUGGGGAAGCCUUAAAGGGGUACUUAGAUGGAAAGCAAUGAUAAGCAAUAGAACGGUCACAAAAAGAAUAACCUGGACUAUUUCACACUUAGGCUGUGUUGCAAACUAAGGAUUCAGCUACAUUACUGAAACAACGUUUUGAAUGCGUUAUCAACAUGCAACACAAGAUGGCGCUGGAGAGCAAAAAAAAUUCUAUGCGAUCUUACAUAGCGAUUUUUUUUCUUAUAACGAUUCAAUUUCUGAAUUACUUAUAGUGAUUUUUUCCUGCGUGUAGGUCCAACCCUAAGAUGUGAGUAGCAACAAGCGGUAGCAUAGCAUCAAAAGGCAAUAGUACGAAAAGUAGUCUGAAGGGGGACUAUUGAACCCUUGGACUAGGUGAUGAAUGGAGACGUGGGCAGUGAAAAGCUAUUGCAUGGUGCUUCUAAAUGAAAUAAGUUAGGUGGUGAGAAGAGGGUCUAUUGCACUCCUUGGCUAGGAGUCAAGCUCACCUGUGACCCACCGAUUAAAGGGAGCAAUUCGACUUUCCAUAUCCACUUUUGCAGAAAGGUGUCCCAAGUGUGUCUUGAGACGACAUCUAGUAAGGCGGACCUCUGCUUCCCCAUGUGGUGGAAGUGUCUACGCUCUUAGGCUCCAGGUCUUCCAGUCCCACUUUUCUGACUCAUUUCAUUCCCCCUCUUCCCCCAUCCAGGACACCAAGAACAAGCAAGCCGCCAACAAACUGAUCUGUGACCUGGAUGAGAAUCAGGACGGACUCAUCAGCUUCCACGAGUACUGGAACCUGAUUGGCGGCAUCGCCAGCCCAAUCUCCUGCCUGAUCCGACAGCAGGAGGAGAGCGUGAAGUUCACCAAGUAGAGAGAGAGAGAGAGAGAGAACGUCAGCUGCUCACACCACCCCGAGCCCCUUCUAUCUCUCCCCCCACAUUCCGACUCCCUGCCUUAACCUUGCCGUCAUUCCAGCUCCCCCUGCUGGCUGGGCUGCACAUCACACGGCCCAUCGCCAUUUGGGCCUGAAAGCUGAACUCUACCAUUCCUUUGGAAAAUAUCCGUCCACUUAUUUAAUUCUUUUCGACACCUGCAAUUGGGGUAUCGCGUCUGGGAGGGUGACGGGUGGUUGUGGGGAGGGGGUGGCCCUGUUCCGUGGGGAUCCAGCCGGCUGUGUCAGACUGUGAAGAGCGUUGCAAUAAAGCCUUGAGUCGGAUC